AUGUUAGAUGGCUCCGAGAGUCCAAUUUCGUCCGCAAUUCCAUUUCAAGCUGCGCCACAAACGGCGCCGACGAUUUUCAAACAUCUCGUACCAUUCACAGAAUUGUCCCCAACACCGUUGUCGAAUAUUGAAGUUUCCAUACCAGCGAGGCACCAGUCCACUCGUGAUCCACAUACUUCGAAUAGCUCAACCAUCAGCUCUGCUGUGACAGGUUCCACAACACCCAUUUCUUCUAGCAGUAGGGAAACCCGAUCAAUUCGUCUCAAUAAUAAACCUCGAACGCGCACUCGUCCGCCAGAUUCGCGCACAAAAUCCAAAAAAGGUUGCGUAGCUGGAACUCCUGGUUUUCAGACAGCCAACUCGGAAACUGGCAGCAAGGAUCAACCAUCGAUAUAUCCAAAAUCGAGAAGACAAGAGUUCAUCCCACCCUUUCCGCCAUGCAGUGAACGCAGCGCAGUCCGGGACCUUCUAGCUGAGAUCAAAAGCCGCGAUACGGAUCAGAGCCUUGAGCAACCUUCGUUUAUCGAGUUCGAUUUAUCAGACUUCUCGAUUUAUUUACCUGAUAACAAAAAUUACCCGUACGAACUUCGUGGACUUCAACACCUGGUGACCAGAGCCGGAUGCUCAAGCUUUCUCUUUGAUGGCAUCUUGACUGUAGGUAACACGCAUCGCUACGUGAGCGCUGUACCUUUCCAAAUCUGCUCAAUUGGCAAUUACGGGGAAAAUAUUCAUGAAGUCGAUGGUGACAUUUGGCUUCAGUCAAACAUCAAUGCAGAUGCCGAUAUCUACUAUCGACUGAAAACCCCUUCACCAGAGUAUAGAGAGUAUCAUGAUGGAUUCCUCUGGCUUGCAAAUCUGGCGAAACAUUUUGUAGACUAUUGUCAAGCAGCACCCGAGCAGACUGUUUUUCUAAUCAAUUUUCGGACCGACUUCUCACAAUGGCUUCGAGAGCAUCACGGGAGUUCUCCGGCUUUUCAAAAUUGGUACCAGCAGUACGACAAAGACGAUUUUAGGAGACAUAUCACCAUGCAUAUUAAGUUUCUGUUCAAAGAAACUGUGGGAGUGAAUCCUGAGCUGAAGACAGAACCCAUCUUCAAUGAAGUAUUGGAAAUGGACUACAUUCCCCAACAACUGAUCGUAGAAAGAAAGACGAUCGUCACCCCAUAUGUGUACGAAUGCUUCAAAGACCUGCGAUUUGGCCAUCACCUCAAGGCCAUGGAAGUUUCAGGAACUCCACGAACCCAGCAGAUAUCACAGGGAGGCUGUCUCGAUCUGACGGUGAAUGAUUACGUGCGACCAUCACAUAUUGAAGUUCGCGUUGAGAUUCCUUCUUCAAUCCCAGAGCCUGCUCCCAGAAUCAUACAAACGCGUUCUCCAUCUUCGCCCAACGCCGUGUCUCCUCGCCAGAGAAUGAUCCUAAACAUCAAGUCUGGUGACGUUCUAUCCGUCGUUAAAGACGGUAAAGGAUCUGUGUGGAAGGAUGAGGUUAGUCGAUGGAAGACUGCUGAUGAUUGCUGGUACGUCUACGUCCAAGCUAUUCAUAAAUCUACAGAUGGGACGAGAGAAUUUGAUGCUCUCUGGCUUUACAAAGCUUCUGAUACAAGCUGCGCAAAGAUGAAAUAUCCCUACCAAAACGAGCUGUUUCUGUCGGACAAUUGUACUUGCUUACAGAAGCGAAUCACAGAGGAAGAGGUUCUCAGUUCGGUAAAAGUGGUCUGGAAUGGGCGUCCUUCUGAACGAGACAAACGAGUGUUCAUUCGGCAGACUUAUCUCGAAAACGAGAAGUUUGUGACCCUUAAGAAGGCGCACAAACGAUGCAAGCAUCUCCAGGCAAAGGCUGGAGGAGACCCAACAAGCCACGAAUAUCAAAUCGGACAGACAGUACUUGUGCCACCACCACGAAAAUCAAAGUUUGCCUUAGAACCAUACGAAGUCGUUAAGUUCAUUACUGAGGGCGUGAAGGAAGAAGUUGCUGUCUUGAGGCGGCUGCAGAGACGACAAACUGUUGAUGGGAAAGGAAGACCAAAUGAGCUGGUGUACACCGAGACACUUGACAGGAUUCCCGUGCGUAAGAUAGAAGGGUCCUGUCUAGUACGGUUCUACAAAUGCUCCGACGUCCUUAACCACCAAAUACCAGCUCCCUACAGCAGAGAUGGAACUGGCAAUGCCUUCUACAUUACAACUAGGCUUGUGGAUGUCAAUGGUAUCGGUAUGGUGCAGCCCAUCGAGCACAACUUACCGGCUAGUCUAUUGCAAGGAUUUGAUCCAACAGAGGCGUAUGCUAGACUUCGUGGAAUGGAUCUGUAUUGCGGAGGUGGCAACUUCGGACGUGGCUUGGAGGAAGGCGGAGCAGUUCACAACGAGUGGGCCGUGGAUGUCAACCGAGAGGCUAUUUACACGUACUUUGCAAAUCUGCCAAAUCCGAACGGAACCAAAAUAUUCUUUGGAUCUGUGGACGACCUGCUCAGUCAAGCCUUGCAAGGAAAUCCCAAAAACUCAAACCUCAUCCCAGCCCCUGGAGACGUUGAUUGCAUAUUUGCUGGAAGCCCAUGUCAGGGCUUCAGUGCAAUAAAUUCGUCAAGGAACAAUGAGCAGGGAUUGAAGAACCAAUCGCUGGUGGCCUCUGUAGGAGCAUAUAUAGACUUCUACCGUCCCAAGUAUGGCAUACUCGAAAACGUUAUGACCAUGGCUCAGAAAGGACGUGGGCGAGACGAAGACGUUCUAUCUCAACUUAUUUGCGCUAUUGUCGGACUCGGAUAUCAGCUUCAAAUGUUUGUAGUGGAUGCUUGGAGCUGUGGAAUGCCUCAAUCUCGAACACGAUUAUUUGUGUCAUUCGCGGCACCAGGUCUGGAACCGCUGGACCAUCCCAAGAUAUCGCAUUCCCAUCCACCCGUUAAAGAGAGAGAUCGCACGCUGGGCAAGAUGGCGAAUGGAGAAGCCUUCGGCAGGCGUUUUCGCGGGCCUACUCCAUUUGAAUAUAUUUCUGCGGAAGAGGGCAUUGGAGAGUUACCAAGCAUCGGUUAUGGCAGUACAUAUCAUUGUACUGAGUACCCAUAUCAUAUCUCGGCAUUUCCCAUGACCGAGAGGAGAAGACAACAGGUCGAAUCGAUACCGAAACUACCCAGAGGGAUGAAUUUCGCCAAAGCCUGGAAUGAGGGGAGAGGUGUUCUAACGCCAGAACAAACGUCUUACUUUCCAGUGUACCGCAGUAACGGCACUUUGAGGGAAAAUUGUUCGAAGACGUCGACUGCUUGGGGGAGAAUGGACCCUAAAGGUUUGAUAACCGUCAUUCUCUCGCAGAUGGCCAUGGGAGAUGCCCGGGCUGGGCAGAUAAUACAUUGGGAUCAACCCCGGACCCUAACUGUCAUGGAGGCCCAAAGAGCUCAAGGGUUCCUAGACGACGAAAUCUUAUUGGGAGGAACGGCAGCGUCGUUCAAGAUUCUUGGAAACAGUGUUGCACGUGGCGUUGCACUUGCUCUAGGACUUGCCCUGCACGAAGCUUGGUUCAAAAAUACUCCGGAU